ACUAGACUCGGUGUAUGGAUCUUAGAUGGAGAUCCAUGGCAAAGAAACUUACUCAAAUUUGCAUUGAAUGAGAGAACAUUCCCCCACACAGUAGUCCUGUUUACAGUAGCUAUGACCCAGCCUUGGAAAAUGAUGGAGUCACUGCAGAACUGGGCAGACAUUCUAGAGGAACACAUUAGAAGACUUAAAUUGGAUCCUGGGGAAUUAGAGGAAUAUAAAGAGAAAGUGAAAAAGAGAUUUAAUGGCUACCUUGAACCAGGAGCAGAAUUGGAAGGAUUUCCUCUUUUCGGACGAACCAGAAAUGAAACACUGGCUGCACCAUUUGCCCUUGAUGAACAUACCUUAACUUGUAACUUGGGACUUGAUUUGGUAGUAGUUGUCACUAAGACUGACUUCAUCUCUACCUUAGAGAAAGAGUUUGAUUACAAGGAAGAACAUUUUGACUUUAUUCAGCAAGCUGGGAGAAAGUUCUGCCUGAAAUAUGGGGCAUCUUUGUUUUAUACAUCUGUAAAAGAAGAUAAAAACUGUGAUCUCCUGUACAAGUACCUGGUCCACAGGAUAUAUGGCUUUCCUUUCCGAACACCAGCCUUAGUUGUGGAGAAAGAUGCUAUAUUUAUCCCAUCUGGCUGGGAUAGUGAAAAGAAAAUUUCAAUCCUCUACGAAAGCCUUACAUCUGUUGAUCCAGAUGACAACUUUUCAGAUAUUAUUAUCAAACCAAUUGUCAGAAAGCCUUUCCAUCGGGAAAUAGAGGUAGUUGCAGAGGAAGAUCAACUCUUUCUUGUCAAACAACAAGCUACCUUAACUCAACAGUCUGCACAAACCAGUAGGAAUCAAGAAACACCAGUUAGGACCCUAGCGGCCAUGCAGAAGUCAGCAGAGAGAAGAUUCUCUGGUUCUUCUGGCAUGCCUGUUUCUCCAAAAAAGGUGGAUGGAAGCAAAGGAGUUGCAGGAAGUGAGGGAGUGCUUCAGAAUUUCUUCAGUAGCUUGUUAAACAGAAAAACGGGCUCAUCAUCUGGAACUACAAGUUCGUUUCGGCCUACAGAGAAGAUGAUGGCACGGAGUGAUGUCACAGUAGAGUUGGAUCGCAUGCUGUGGAACAGGAAAUCACCAGUAACCAGCCAGUCGGAUAGAAUUACUGCUCCAGGCUCAAGGUCUGGAAGUGGUAACUGUUAACCUUGAAGUGGUGGUGGUGGUAGUUAUGAAUAGUGUUAAAAGUAAGGGGUUGUAUAGUCUGUUAAAAAAAAAAGUUGUUUUGUUUUUUUAAUCCUGAUGUCAUUAAGUUUGCUUUUCUGAUUUCAUCUAUGUAUUUUAGAAUGAAUUUAAACAGAAAAAUGAUUUGCUAUUGAGUUAAGUUGUUGAUUAUUCAUUCCACUUGAGUUAAAAACGUGUGUCAUUGUAAUGAAGAGAAUGUACAAUGAAAAUUUCUUCAAACCAUAAAAGGAAAAGAUGAUUUGUUGUAUAUACGUAUGAAAAAAUCUACUUUAAACAAACACACUUGAUAACUGAAGCAUGUGAGGUAUUCAGUAAAACAUUAAAGAAAGUGAAGCUUAUGAAGGAAUUUUUAUAUUUGUUUAGUCUUUAAUGGCAGCUGCAUUUAAACUUGUAUUAAUGAAUGGGUUGCAGUAUUGCUUGUUAUACCCAUAUUUUUAAUGUGUAUAUUUAUUUUUGUAAAGAUAAUUGUAAUUUAAAUUUUGUUAAAAUGUAUUCUGUAUUUAUUUUUAUAUUUUUUUUUAGUUUCUGAAAAUUGAAUAAUGUUUCAAGGUAAUUAAUAUUAUUCCCUUUAUUUUCUUGUUGGCAGGUAUAUAUAUGUAGUGUUUAAAAAUUUUGUUUGGGUCACCUUUUCCAUACAUCUUUACUAUAUUUUAUUGUUAACUCCAGUAAUUGGUAACUGUUGUGUUAUCUGAUAUUAUAAUACUUUUUAUUUUUAAUGUGAACAAAUCCUAACAUUGGUUAUACUACCUUUUAUCAAAGCUUUACAAAAUGAUAUUUACAUGUAUCAACCCUGAUCAGUCUUUUACAACUUUUAAAUUUAUAUUUUUUAUAUUAUUUUACUAACUAAUUCAUUAUUUAACGUAAGGAAAAGAGAACCUUAUUAGUUUGAUUUUUUAGGGUAAUGGUGUAUUAAAUAUUUAAAGUAUAAUAUUUUGCAUUUAAGUUGACUAAGAUGUUGAAAUGAACUCCAAGCAUUAUAUUAAAUAUUUGUGUUUGAGGUAAUUCUUUUUCAAAUCAAAAGAAAGAUGAAAUAUUCUGGUUCCUUUUUUAUUUAACUAAGUAAUCUAUAUAUUAUAUUUUACUUGUUAAGAUUUCUUAUCAAAGGAUUGUAAAAAAAUGUAUAGUAUUUCCUUUAGUGGAAUGGAUACUUGCAUUGUUUUAUACUACUUUCUUACACUUACCCAAAUCACUAACUAGUGCUAGUUCUAGUAGCCUGUGUGUCAUAUCAAGUGUUCAUAUAUACUGUUUUCUGCUGUUUCACAUGAACUGAAAAGUCAAUUGUAACAAGAUGUUUUAGCAACUUUAAACAAAUGUUGCUCCCCGUACCCUCAAGAAAUUUUAUAAGUUUUCAAGAAACUGCUCUUAAUUUUUGGUUUGUUAUUUACUGUUUGAAUACCAGCAGUGAGGUUGGGAAUGAAAUGAAAUAACUAUUUACAAAGUUUGAAAAAUAGUAUUUAAUAGGAUAGCAUUGGUUAACUUUUUGACUUUAAUUUAUCCAUACAGGACAACAUGCAAAAAAGAUGUUAAAAGUUUGCAUACCACUAAAAAAAAAAAAACUCAAGAAUUUCUUCUUUAAAAGUAGAAAAUUAUCAUUUUUGGCUGUCAACAUUAAUUGCUUUUUAGUGUAGAAACUACAAUUAUAAAAGUUUAGAUGAGACUUGAUUUUUAUUAAGUAGUCUUGAUAAAAGUAUUCAGAGUCAGUAAUAAUGUUUUUUUAUUAAGGGCUUGUUAUUUUAUUUACCUAUUUCAUGAUUUUUAAUCAUGAGAGCUGUUGUCAAAAAUAUCAUUUAUUUUUCCAUCUAUUUCUUUUUAGAACUAAACCUGUGACACUGGAGAAUACACAGGAUAGAUUUAUAUUUGCAUUUUAUUCAUCUUCUUAAAUGUGUUUCUUUUUCAACUGCUUUAGAUUUUUCUGACCAUUAUAUAUCAAAUCAAGAGUUAGUGAAGUUUUCUUUUUCAUUUAAUGACCAAAAUACAGAAAGUAUUUUUAUCAGUUUUUAACAACUCUGAGUCAAUGAGGUGAAAAAUCAUCAAAACAAUAAGUAAUGCAAAUGAAGAUUUGUUGAAA